AUGCUACAAGAGAUUGAAGACGUUUUGGAAGUUCAAUACAGUCGCAAGAUUAAUAUUAUACAAAAUAUGUUCACAUUUAGUAUUGGACUAUUGGAGAUGAGUGGUAGUUCCGGUGGUGAUUUUGGGAAGGCUACAUUAGAAGAUUGGGAAAUGGUACAUUCGAUGUUUGAGAGCAGGAACAUGAGUAAAAGUCAAAAGAUUCUCAGCUUCAAGCCCAUAAGGUUAACCUUUCUGAGAAUAGAUAUUAGGUUUGCUAAUGACUCGUUGCUACUGACACAGUCAAUUUUGGACAAGAUCGGUUUUUGGCAACACUCAUUUGAUCUAUUCAUACCUGGCCAACGCAAGUAA